GGGGAGGUGAUCCUCUGCUGCUACCGUGCCGUCAACCCCUACUACUACAAAUAUGCCGUGGACGGCAUCAACGUCUUCGCAGUCAACCUGCUGCCGCUGGUGCUGGUGACGCUGGUGCUGGGUUACGUGGACAGCCACAACCGCCUAACCAGUUCUCCCGUCAAGUUCACGUUGGCCCUGCUCUCCAUCAUGCCUCUCUCCUACUACAUCGGGAUGGCCAUUGCCAGCAUCUCGGCCCAGAGCAACUUUGCGGUUGGAGCUGUGGUGAACGCCACGUUCGGCUCCAUCACGGAGCUCACCUUCUACAUCACGGCCCUCAUCAAGGGCUCGCGCGAGGGCAACCGCUGCUACGCCGAGAUCGUCAAGUCGGCGUUGACGGGGACGCUGGUGGGCUGCGUCCUCUUCGUCCCGGGUCUGUGCAUGGUGAUCGGGGGCAUCCGGCACCAGGAGCAACGGUUCAACCGCCGCUCGGCGGGGGUCAGCUCAUGCCACAACGUCACCCAGAACCCGCUGGGCCACUACCUCUGCCACAACUGUCACUUUGACCUGAUGGAGAACAACGGCACCCUCUACUACAGUCACGUCCAACCCCUGGUGUACACAGUGUCCCUCCUGCUCCCUGCUGCCUACCUCAUCGGUCUCUUCUUCACCCUGAAAACUCACUCACACAUCUACGACAUCCACAUCAGCGACUGUCACAUGCCUGGCCACCACCACAGUGCUGUGGUCCACUGGUCUCGCUGGCGGGCCCUGGUCAUCCUCCUGCUCUCCACCCUCUGUAUGUCAGCCUGUGCUGACCUGGCCACGGAGCACAUCAGCCCCAUCCUCACCAACUCCACCAUCUCACAGUACUUCAUUGGUGUCACUGUGCUGGCGAUGGUACCUGAGCUGCCAGAGAUCGUCAAUGGCAUCCAGUUUGCCCUGCAGAACAACCUGAGUCUGAGCAUCGAGAUUGGGAACUGCAUCGCUGUCCAGGUCUGCAUGCUCCAGAUCCCCAUCCUGGUGCUCUUCACCAUCUUCUACCCGACCAACUUCACGCUUGUCUUCAGUGACCUCCACGUCUACGCCAGCAUGUUCAGCGUGGUGCUCAUGAACUACAUCUUCAUGGAUGGCAAAUGUGACUACUUUCAAGGCACGGUGCUGGUGAUGGUCUACUUCAUCCUCCUGGCUGUGUAUUUCUUCGCCCCAUCGCCCAGUGGUUGCUGA